CAGAAGAUUUAUUUAUAUCUUCUGAGGCUGUGUGUGUGGCAACUCGCUCUCCUCACUCCUCACUCCUCACUCUCAAUCUCAUCUAUCUCCAUGGCAACUCAAGGUCAAGUCAUUACAUGCAAAGCUGCGGUGGCCUGGGAACCCAACAAACCCUUAACAAUCGAAGACGUCGAGGUUGCUCCGCCGCAAGCCAACGAAGUCCGAAUCCAAAUCCUCUUCACCGCUCUCUGCCACACCGAUGCAUACACCUGGAGCGGCAAGGAUCCCGAAGGUCUUUUCCCCUGCAUUCUCGGUCAUGAAGCUGCAGGGAUUGUUGAAAGUGUUGGAGAGGGUGUGACUGAUGUUAAGCCUGGUGAUCAUGUGAUUCCGUGUUACCAGGCUGAGUGUGGAGAAUGUAAGUUUUGCAAAUCGGGCAAGACUAACCUCUGUGGCAAGGUUCGUGCUGCUACUGGUGUUGGGGUUAUGAUGGCGGAUCGGAAGCCGCGGUUUUCUAUUAAGGGGAAACCGAUUUAUCAUUUUAUGGGGACUUCGACUUUUAGUCAAUACACUGUUGUUCAUGAUGUUAGUGUUGCUAAGAUUCAUCCUGAUGCUCCUUUGGACAAAGUUUGUCUUCUUGGAUGCGGUGUUCCAACUGGCCUUGGAGCUGUCUGGAACACUGCAAAAGUUGAGCCAGGAUCAAUUGUUGCUAUUUUCGGCCUUGGAACUGUUGGGCUUGCUGUUGCAGAGGGUGCAAAAAGUGCUGGCGCAUCGCGGAUUAUUGGCAUAGAUCUUGAUAAUAACAAGUAUGAAACAGCUAAAAACUUUGGUGUCACCGAGUUCAUUAAUCCAAAAGACCAUGAGAAACCAAUUCAGCAGGUUAUAGUUGAUCUAACAGAUGGAGGAGUUGAUUAUAGCUUUGAGUGCAUUGGAAAUGUCUCAGUGAUGAGAUCUGCUUUGGAAUGCUGCCACAAGGGCUGGGGAACAUCAGUUAUUGUGGGUGUUGCAGCAUCGGGGCAGGAAAUAUCAACUCGCCCUUUCCAGUUGGUGACUGGCCGCGUAUGGAAAGGAACAGCUUUUGGUGGCUUUAAGAGUAGGUCACAAGUGCCUUGGCUUGUAGAGAAGUACUUGAAGAAGGAAAUCAAGGUUGAUGAGUACAUUACCCAUAAUUUGACUCUUGUCGAGAUCAACAAGGCUUUUGAUCUUUUGCAUGGAGGGCAAUGUCUUCGUUGUGUGCUCAGUACUUGAAUGAGGUGAUAUGGUCCAGACUUGCUAUUUUCAUACGGAAUAGAUGUCUUUGGUUGCUAUUCCUUUCUUCUAUGGUGGUUGCAGUUAAAUAAUAUGGAAUGGUUGUAGUAUGUAAAAGCAGAUGGUAUAUGGUUUAUAAUAUUGUUUGCUAUGGAUAAAGCAUCCUCUAAUGACUAUGGUUUUCUUCUAUGAUAAAAAAUUAUUUCUAUUUCUUGUUUUAAUAAUAAUAAGGUGUUACUUUUUGAAGAGAAGUAAUUAGACUAUUUUACAAAUCUUCACAAGCGAAUUCAAUGCACUAAGGAAUAGGUUUUUAA